AUGCCACGAUGCAGUUAUCCGAUAAACCCAUGGUUGCUCAACUUUAUUGUUCACCAGAAAAAAGGCCGGUCCGCUACUACAUUGCAUGUUCUGAAGUGUAUUGAUGGUCCAUUUCCUGAUGGCAGCAAGAUGAUGCUAGUAGGAGAUGGAGAAUUACUUAUAACUGCUCAAUUCGCAACAGAUUCUUUUGAGAAACUUGAAGCUUCUGAAGAAGAAGAGAUAUGGGAAAAAUCUUUGAUCAUGGUCAAAGAUUGGGACAUACGUUUGUUACUCAAAGAAACAAAGGAAAAAUCUGAAUACAUCAUGGACAUUAAAAGAUUUGUUAUUUGGUAUGAUGAAACAGGCUUGUCAUCAAAAAAUACCAUGGUACCCUGUGAAUCUCAUCCACAAAUCCAAGAAAAUAUUGCUAGGAUUUGGGCUGAAAAUCAUCCAUUCAAUCAAUUGGUUUCAGAUCCUCAAGACUCUGAUAAAACAGACAACACUGUGAAUUCAAUUCCACUAACUAUUCUUUUGGAAGAGAUUGAAAAGGGUAAUGAUAAAUCGAACUCAGAAGAAGAGUCUUUUAAUCUGAUACCCAAUGCAGGUUCUAUACUCACUGUAUCUGCUGAAAAUCUGCAGCAGAAAUUUGAAACUGAAAAUAUUCAAGAUUUCAUCAUUAAUCCAAAAGAUGCAGAAUUACUUGAGGCCAUUGUUGAAUGGCAAAAUGGUAACAAUGUGUCUGAAAAUGCUCCAGAAAAAUCUACCAGUGAAAUACCUGUUUCUGUUUUGGCUGGCACAUCAACACUAAAAUAUCAAUUCAAGCCUUCCAAGGUUUGCCAAAAGACAGUUGUAGUUACACCUACCACCCUGAAGAGAUGUUUACAUCAGGAUGAGAUAAUGGCUCCAAGACCAAACAGUGAUGCAGAAGAAGAGGAAAUUCGUCUUUUCAAUUUAUCAAGUGUUUUAAAUGAAGACAGAUGUUCACCAAUGAAAGAUGAUGACCAAAGUUUUAGAAAGAAUGCCAAGAAUGUGAAGAAUUCUUCAAAGGUUGUUCCCUGUCCUGCUACAAAUGAGGCAGCUUCUGUGAGUGACAAGUCAAGUUCUCAAGAAGAUGCUCCCAAUGAAGGACCUCCUACUGUUUCUCAUAGACAUCUCUUGCCUUGUCUAGUUAAAACAUCUUUGGCUGCCACAGAAAAAAAUAAUUUGUUAACAAAUAGUUUACAUAAAGAAGCACAGCCUGUUGAAAUUUAUGCAACUUGCCAAGAAAUGUUUCCAAAACAUGCUUCUUGCUCGUCUCUUUUGCCACCAUCAAAUCAACUCACAGUACAGAAUAAUCUGAACAACAUUCACCUUCCCAAAGAAACCAUGGAAAGUAUUAAUGCAUAUUGGUCCCUCUCACAUAAUCGCCUCUGGCAAAGACGUUAA